AUGUGAAUUUUCUCCGUGUGUCACUUAUUCAGUGUAAUUGUUAUCAAACGGUUCGCUACAACCAUCGUUUUGCUCACAGUCUGUUUCGUCGAUGUUUUUGUCGUGAAUGGAUUUUGUUUUCUACCGUUUUACCAUCCGAUAUUUAUUCAAAAAAUUGUGUGUAGUGUUUUAAAUGUCGCUUGGAUCUUUUGGCCGAGAAAAAAGCGCUUAAUAGUGUAUAAUAAAUAUAUUUGUUUUUGAUACAGCUCAUACUAAAUAUGUUGAUUAAAAGUGAAAAAGAUAUGAUUUUGCCGCUAAAAAACUGUUUGGAAACCAUUUGAUCGCGGGCUCAUAGAGAUUUGACUAGUGUUCAAAGUGAAAACAGUUAUUACCAAAACAUUUUUAUUUGAUAGUGUUGUGUCACACUUGUGUCUUGUGUGACUGUACAAAAAAAAAUCAGCAACAUUGAAGUGAAUAUGGAAUUAAGUGAUUCUGAAAAUGUCACCAUAGAAAGUCGGACUAAACGUAUAACGAAAAAUUCAUGGGUGACAUUAACCAUUCUGGUAUUUUUUCUAAUACAAUCAAAUGCCGGACAUAUUAAUCUUGAUGAUGUAGAGGAGUCAUGGUUUAAAGAUUUUAGCGUCCAUUUACUUCCGCUUCGUAUGAUUCGAAAUAAGACAAUACCAUUGCUAAAGUUAUCUGGUCUAUCCAGCGAUGAUAUUGAAGAUGGUGUUCGAAUCAAAGCAACGCUCUCUGCCACCAAUUGCAUGGGCAACGAAACAGAUUUGCAAAUUAUAAACGACGCACCUUCGAAAAAUAGCAUUAAUCGCACGACCGAUUUAAUCGUUUCAAUCGAUAAUUUCAAUUUUAAACAACAGUCAGCGGCCUAUCUUUGCAUCAAAACCAAAUAUGAUCAUCUCUAUCAACACAUGGGAGACCAAUCGAAAUUUCCAAAUUUAUUGAGUGUGGAUAGAUUUAGUCGGGAUCGUCGUAAUCAACAAGUUUUUCCAACGACCGUACGCAGUGACAAUAAAUGCCGUUUAGGUGAAAUACGAAUCGAUGGAAUGCGCAUAGAAUCGACAGACAAAACAAUUGAAUACGAUGACGAAAAUAUUCCGGAACUUAUUACACACACAAAUGCACGACUACGAUUAUUUGGUUGUGGCUUCACCGACCACACUGUCGUCACAUUUACUAGACAAAUUAAUGACCGUAAUGGUGCUUGUUUAUUACCUGCAUCGGGACAGUUCAAAGUGUCUAGCGAAGGAUUGCUGGAAUAUACAGCUAUUGUUGAUAUUAUUGUGCCGAGCGCCGAACCAACACCUUAUUAUUUUUGUGUAAAAAAUGCCGAAGAUUCGAUAGAAGAAAAGAAAAUCGAUCGAGCUCAACCGUUUAUACAUCAAGGUACUGAGGCUUGGCUAUCGAUGCGUGCGACUGAAUUGAUUUUACCCACAUGGUUGGCAAUCAUUAUAAUAGUCUGUUGUUUAUGCUUUUCGGCUCUAUUUUCUGGACUGAAUUUGGGUUUAAUGUCGCUAGACCGAACGGAAUUAAAGAUUCUACGAAACACGGGCAAUGCAAAAGAGCGAAAAUAUGCAGCUAAAAUUCAGCCUGUCCGUGACCAUGGCAAUUUUUUGCUCUGCAGUAUUUUAUUGGGAAAUGUUUUUGUGAAUAAUAUAUUCACUAUAUUGCUUGAUGGUUUAACAUCGGGACCUGUAGCUGUGUUAUGUUCAACACUGUUGAUUGUUGUUUUUGGCGAAAUAACACCACAGGCAAUUUGUUCGCGCCACGGUUUGGCGGUUGGUGCAAAAUCAAUAGUUAUUACCAAAAUAUUUAUGGUUUUAACAUCUCCGUUGGCUUACCCAGUAUCGAAAUUAUUGGAUGUCAUAUUGGGCGAAGAGAUUGGCAAUGUGUACAAUAGAGAUCGUCUCAAGGAAUUGGUUCGAGUUACAAAAGAUGUGAACGACCUUGACAAAGAUGAGGUCAACAUUAUAUCGGGUGCUUUAGAAAUGCGAAGAAAAACUGUUUUUGAGGUGAUGACACACUUAGAGGAUGCGUUCAUGCUGUCAAUUGAUGCUAUUCUUGAUUUUGAUACAGUCACCGAAAUCAUGAAAUCAGGAUUCUCACGAAUUCCCGUUUACGAAGGCUUACGGCACAAUGUACAAAAGUUAUUGUUUAUUAAAGAUUUGGCACUAAUCGAUCCGGAUGACAAUACCCCAUUGCGAACGCUGUGCGAAUUCUAUCAGAAUCCAUGUUUUUAUGUGUUUGAAGAUGUAACGUUAGAUGUGAUAUUCAAGCAAUUCAAGGCCGGCCAACAAGGGCACAUGGCAUUUGUGCAGCGUGUCAAUAACGAAGGCGACGGUGACCCUUACUAUGAAACGAUAGGUUUGGUGACACUCGAAGAUGUUAUCGAAGAGAUGAUUCAAGCCGAAAUUGUCGAUGAAACGGAUGUUUAUACGGAUAAUCGAAAUAAAAAGAAACGCAAAGUUAUGAGCCGAAAACAUGACUUCACAAUGUUUGCCGCCGAACGUCGUGACGUACAACGCAUUCACAUAUCACCGCAACUAACACUAGCCACCUUUCAAUAUCUCAGCACAACUGUUGAUGCCUUUAAAAAUGAUUGUGUGUCAGAGACAAUUUUACGUCGUAUAUUGACCCAAGAUGUUAUUCAUCAUAUUAAAAUUAAGGCAAAGGAAAAGGAUAAUCUGUCGCUGUUGAUUUAUGAACAGGGAAAACCGGCCGAUUAUUUUGUUUUGAUUUUGGAGGGAAGAGUUGAAGUGACUGUUGGACAGGAACAUUUGCUAUUUGAAUGUGGCCCAUUCACAUACUUUGGGACACAAGCUUUAGUACAAAGUGUUGGCGUUGCUGAAUCGCCACAACAAGGAUCUUUGCAGUCACUUAAUUUGGAUGCCGUUAUGAAUCAAACGUUCGUGCCUGACUACUCAGUCAAGGCCAUUUCUGAUGUAAUUUACAUAGCCAUCAAACGUACACUUUAUUUGGCUGCUAAACGUGCUACGCUUAUGGAAAAAUCGAAAAGAUAUGGAGGCGAUUCGAAUGAACCAAUCGAUUAUGAAGUUGAAAAGCUCCUGCAUUCACUCGACGAAGACGAUCGCAGUGUGAGCGCUCAUACAACCAAUUUGAAUGCAUUAAGUCCUCGUGCCAGUAAAUCAGCGUCUCCAACCGCGAUCAAUGUGGAACACACCUCGAAUGGGCCUACGUCAUUAAAUGAUCAGCGUGCCUCUACGCCAGCCGUUUCUUUUAUUCCCGAAAAUCAAUCAAUUCAAUUUCAUACUCCCGAAAAAGAAUCACGCGAAACCGACGCUCUUCUAGCACCCCAAACUUAAAAAUCAUAAUUUCGCAUAAAAAAAGAAACCCUUUUUAUCCUACUGCUACAAAGAAAUGAACCUCAGAAAAAAUGAACCCAAAGAUAAGCACCGCUUUUGAGCUACGCGCCUCAUUGAUACAAUGAAAUUUGUUGUGCUGGAAAAAGGGACGAUGACGCAAGCUAACCUGUUAGAAUUACGCUAAUUUACGAUGAAAUCGUAAGAAAUUGUUUAUAUAAUUGGUGCCAAAAAAGCCUCCACGCGGUAUCCACUCAAUGCGCGAAUGAACGAGGAAAUAUAGUCAAUUGUUAUAUUUAUUUCGAACUGUACUUAAUUCUUCUCCCUUUUUUCUAUUUAGAAAAAUGAUAAGUGAAUUUUUGAGGAUUAAAACCUCACAAAUUAAUAUAAUUUAAAAAUAAUAUAAAUUGUUAAAAAAAAAGAAAUUAAAAAUAGUAUUUAUGAUAUCUAAUGCCCGUCAUGCAGAGAAGUUGUAUUUGUAGCGAGUCCGACCGUAUAUAUAUUCAAAACGGAUUCAUAAUUUAUUGAUGAUACCUUUUAGAUUUUAAUUUAGCCACAUCCUUUGUACAUACAAAAAGAAAUGUAGAGAAGAUUUAUGAAAUUUUCGUAUAAAAGUCAAUCCCAUAAUAUGGAAAAGAGAGAUUAUAAAUGAUGGAAUGGCACGUUGAAUCGACCCGCAGACAAAUAAUUAGAUGAUAAUCUAGAUACUUAAAUGACAAUUCCAUUGUUGUAUGUAAAUUGAAUGAAUAAGAAAUCCAAGGGAAUAGAAAUGAUGUGGACGGAACAGAGCAAAAAUACACGUACAAAUUAUUCUAUCAA